GGUGAAAAAAAAAAGAAAAAAGAAUCUACUGUGCGGUGAAGGCAUCAGGAGCUUGUAGGAUGUCUUAGAACCUCAAGCGGUCCGAGCUUGUGGGACCAGUGAGAGUUGGGAGUCUACUGUUCUUGUAAGGCGAAAAAGCUUGUAAGGACUGAUGGCAGCCGGCGAGGUGGAAUGGCAAAAGGGGGUAUUGGAAACUGAUGGUCCGGUGUUGAGAACUAGGGAGUGUGUACUAUGUAUGUCUUUAACUGGUGGUUCCAUGUACUGCUCAAGCAGUAUGAAUGCAGGUGCACAGCUUUCCGAUCAGGUCCGAACCAGGGAGUACAUCAUGACCUGGUGGUUUCACGUGCUGCCCAGGCGGGGGUGCCUGCCAGGAUGUUGAAGCUUUCCAGCCCAGGUUCAAACUACGGAGUUUGUCUUUAACUAGGGGUUCCAUGUACUGCUCAGGAUGUUAAGCUUUCUGGCCAGGUUCGAGCUAGGGAGUUUGUCUUUGACUUUUGGUAGUGUUCGAUGUUCUGCUCAGGCUCGAGCUUGUGGCACCAGUGAGAGUUGAGAGUCUAUUGUUAGUGUGAAACUAAAAGCUUAUGGGACUGAUGGCAACUGGAGUGCUGGAAUGGUGAAAGGGGGUGUUAAAGGGGGGGUAUUAAGAGAUUUUCUGGUGGGUGGGGUAUACUUUAUGGCCCCUGGUCCUUUCAGGCUUAAUGGACCUCGUUGCCUUUUCGGCCUAGCAGAGGACCUUGCCCUUUUCGGGCUAAUGGUAUCUUGUACUCCAGCGAGUAGUGAGGCUAAUGACUGCUGCUCAUUGUACCUCGAGGCAUUCACAGUCGUUAACCUUGAGGUAGAAUGAGGGGUGAAGAAGGUAGGGGAUGAAGAAGGUAGGGGAUGAAGAAGGUAGGGGAUGAAGAAGGUAGGGGAUUAGAGCUGGGAUCUCGGAGGUGUAUGGGGGCUGCCGCUUGUUUUUUUUUUUCUUUUCUUUUCUUUUCUUUACGUUUUCUUUUUUUUUUUUGAAAGAACGAUUUUGUAGUUUUUGCCCUGUUCAACUGGUUUGCAUCUCGACUCGAACUUCGGUCUGUAUGCCAACAGUCCAUGGGCGUACCAACUGGGCUAGGCCCAUCAGUCACUAAUGUUUUUAGCAGGCUGAUAACGGGAGAGCAUUUUAUGGCAGAGUUGCAAAUACCGCGUGGUUGGCAUCAUCAAGUCUGCACAGAGGAGGUCAUAUUCUGACGACUUUUCUGUUCUCUCUUUUUCUUUUUCUUUUGCCCUUUUCAUAUUUGUUGAAGAGUAUUAGAUCCUGGCAUAUCAAAAUGAUUACUGUUUUCUAUCAGGAUUCAAGCCUUUUUUUUGGGGGGGGCGGGGGGGGGCGGGAGGGGGGACGGGUAUAUGGGGGAUACAAGCUUGUCCUCUGUCUGUGUGGCUGGAUUAGGCGCUGUAUGGUGCACUCUCAAUGUAUGAUUAAUUUUCGCGGAAUAAGGCCCGGCACCCUGAUUGGGAGUAAAGGUCAGUAAACAGAAUUGUCUGGUGGGGCAGCAGCUGAGGUUGCUUUUUUCUAUGGAUGCGUUGAGGGGGUGUUGGCUUGCCGUAGAGUGCACAUCUUGAGGGGAUAGGAGGUGGGGUACGGGUAGUUACGAGGGGAUUAUAAGGAGGAGGAGAAAGCGCAGCAGAAUGUUGCUUUCUGUAGGGUCCAAGGAGGGUAGGGAAAUUGUAACAGGGCGCCCAUCCUCCCUCCACGUCAGCAAUAAGAUAUGGAGGAUGGGACAGCAGUUCCUCACCUUCGUGGAGACCGGCAGAUCACAUGUGUCGAUGUCAGCUUCACUUUGGGUUCUGACAUUCGACAUGCAAUUCCACUUCUUGGGCGACAUCUGCCGGAGAGCCGCAUGGCACACGAUGGCAGGAGGAGGAGGAGGAGAGGAGGGAAGAGGAGGGAGAAGGACGAGGGGAGACGAGGAAGGAGGAAGAGGGAGGCUGAUGUCGACGGAACAGGACACCUGGGCACUGCCAGGACGCAGUGCCAGGCUCGCAGUUCGUAGCCACACUGUGAUACUUCCACAGCCUAAGUAUCAGCAACAAGGACGCAGCAGGCGAACGGCUCCAGCGCCAUCCAGUACCAAUGCAGCAGCUGCAGUACCGGUGACCACAGGGGUCCUUCCCGCCUGUCCGGUCCAAGGGGACCACGGGACUGCUGAGGCUGACCCAACUGGUCGAGAUAGGCGGAAUGCUGCCAGCACUGAGUCUCUGAUUCAGAAUGAGAGUCAGUGGACAGCGCUACUCCAAGGCAUGAUCUUUGUGCCUACGGACGAGCAGGCGGAUCCGACACCGGCGGAGGCAGAAAGGAGUAACCUGGCUAACUUGAUGUUGGGUAUGACGAGGGCGGUAAUGUGGAACAAUACGAUGCAGAUUGCGCACGCGCAAACUGGAUGGCAGCUGAGACAGACUCAGCAGAGAGAAUCUGCAACUUGGACAGCCGCCAUCCGCACAUCAACACAACAUCAGCAACAACAGCAACAACUGUUGGCAUCCACUAUCACACGUGUCAACAGCAUCGAGGCGAAGCCCUCAGCAGCGCCAGGCUGCACGACAGACAUAGCGAAGCAGCUCGGCGAGCGCAUCGACCAUGUCGUCACCAUCAUUGGCGACCUGGGUGACUUUACCAGUCCGGCAUCAAUCAGCAGCACGCUGGCCACCAUCAAGACGGACAUCACCAAAUUGCAGUCACGACCGGAAGUCGCCGCGAAGACAUACAAGAUGCCAUGCUUCAACAUCGGGAAGUUUGAUGAUUACAACAAAACAGACGCUUUGGCAUGGUGGCAUUCCUUCAUCACUGAAGCAGCCUGCCACCACGUACCAGAUCACCAUUCCUUCAUCACUGAAGCAGCCUGCCACCACGUACCAGAUCACCUGAUGAUGACAACACUCUACCUCCAACUCAUUGUAGGAGUACUGGCAUUAAUGAACCAUUUGACGACCAAUCUGGGAACCACCAUUGUCGACUUGCACACGCACAUCACGUGGGAGUAGCUCGAGUAAAUGUGGCACACUCGU